AUGAUUAUAUUUAUUUUUAUAGUUGUUGUGAAGACUUGCACAGUGCCAAACCAAGUAUAUACUCUCUAUCCUACAGAAGGUGAAAUAAUAUAAAUGAAAAUGAAUAACCUAAUUUAAGGAAGUAACCUUACAUAUAUAUGUUAAAAUUGUUCAUAAUAAGGUGCCAAUGUUUCGAAUAUAUUCAAAAGUAAUUAAAUAAUAAAAGUUGGUAAUUAUUUACAUUAAGCUAGAUUAUACAUUUAAAUCUGUUACGUUCUCUGAAGACAAAAUUUAUGCUUUAACUACAGAAAAUAGUUUAAACAUAUAUUAGAAUAUAAAUGGAGAAAUGGAUUCUAAUCCUAAAAUAAUUCCUAUUGAUUAAAGCUUGGAAUGCUUUAGUGUUUCAUAUAUAGAAGCUUAUAAUAUUAUUAUAGAUUGUUACUAAGAUCAAAAAUUAAUACUAUACUAUUUAAGAGGCUCCAAUUUAAGAGAGAUGUACAGUACUAACAGUUCUAUUCCUAGUUAAACUAAAAUCAGUUCUAUUUAAAAAAAUAAAACGACUUAUAUUAUUUAUGGAUAAUCUUUUAAUUAUUUUAAUACAUCUAAUUAAUUUUAAAACAUAUUGAAUUUGACAAUUUUAACCUAAAAUAAAAGGUAAUAAUUAAUUGUUAAGGAUAAUUUAUAAGAUUAAGCAUAUAAUUUUUUUGUUUCAUAAAGGGAAUCCUUAAAUUAAACAAUAUUUAUAUAGCAUUACAGUAAUAUAACUUCAUUUGUAUUGUAAGAAAAUGGAACACUGUUAGAAGUCGAAAGCAUAUUAUUAUAUCAUGAAAUCAUCAAUAUGGCUUAUUAUUACUCUCCAUUUGAAUAUUAUUAAUUUGAUAGACUUUUUUUAAUAGUCUUAGAUGAUGAUUUUGAUUAUAUGUAUUAUGUAGUUGUUUAUUACAGUGACUCAACUUAUUUAGACAAUUUGGAGUCUAAAUAAUAAAGAAAUAUAGUAAGUAGAACAUCAUAAAUAUUUAUGAGUUAAAGUUUCAUUAUUAUAUUUGGUUAACAUACAAUUAGUAUUUAUUAAAAUUAAAUUUUUAAUUAAAUUCUAUUGAGAAAAGAAUAUGUAUAUGGUAAUAACACUCUUUUAUAUUUUGAUGAAUAAAAAGAAAUUUUAUAUAUUUUUGAGAAAAAAACAAGAAUUCAUGAAUUAUAGAUUCCUGUUUUAAAUUUUGUAUAAAAGAAUCGUGAAGGCAAUUUUUCUAUUCUUGCUUUAGGAAUGGAUUAUCAUUUACAAAUAAAUUAUUGCUAAGUUUAGAUAAAGUAUGUUUUAGUUUCCUUAUCAAAUAAUAAUGUAUCUUUCAUAUUCGAAGAGCCAUAAUAAUCAUACUAUAAUUUAUUAUAGUAUCCUUUUGAGUAUUGGGUUAAUUAUGUUUCAGGACCACUUAUCAAAGUGAAUCCUUAAGUUAGUAAUAAAGAAUUAGGUACUUUUUAUGAUAAUACUUCAUACAAAUUGAAUUAAUCAUUGGAAUAAGAUUAAAAUUAUUAUAUAACAAAAGCUUUUACUUUAAACAUGUUCUUAGAAUGCAAUUAUAAAAAAUUAAAUGAUAUUUUUCUAGUUGCUGUUAGCAGAGAAAAUAUAGAUAUUUAUUUAGAUGGAAAUAAAUCAAGCUCAUUUUAAAAUCUAUAUAAGGACAUUAUUGUAACUUAAAUUGAAAUCACUUUUUCAAUUAGCAAUCAAUCAAUGAUUUUUAUAGUUUGUCUAAGUUUUGGUUAAAAUAUUAUUUAAAUUUACUUAUUUAAUAGUCAAUUAUAAAACAUUUGUAAUAGAACUACAAAUACAGAACUAUUUAAAUAGUUUUAAUUGUUAUCUGAUUCAGUAGUGCUUUUACUAGAAACAAAUUAAAUAUAAAUAAUAGAUUUCGAUUUGAGAGGAUAAAUUUUGAUUGAUUAAAAAAUUUUAGAAGAGAAAAAUGGUUAAAAGGUUGACUUAAAUUUAAUAAAUAUUUUUAUUAACUCUUAAUACUAAUCUAGAGUCUUAUAUAUAAAUAAUAAUAAUAGUUUUAUAAUAGGUUAUAUAACAGAGGAUUUCAUAUUUGAGUUAAUAUUAAUUUAGGAUGUUACUUUUCAAAUAGAAAAUCUACAAGUUGUAAAUAAUCUCUUAAUCUUGUCUUGGAUUCCUUAACAUCAAGAAGUUUUAUAUUUUGAGGUUUGGAAUGUAAAAAAUUUAUCAAAUCCAUUUUACCUCAGUUAAAUGUCACCCAUAAAUUUUGCAUUAGAUUAAAAGUCUAUUUCCUUAUACUCUGACAAUUAAUUUUUUUAUGUAUUAGAUAGUUCAACUAUAAAUGUCUAUAAUCCUUAUUUACAUGGACGUUCAAGCCUUUAUUAUAGAUUUAAGUUUGAUGGUAAUUACUUCACUAGCAUAACUAUAGACAGUUUGGCAUUUCUUUGUUUUAAUUAAAGUUUCUAUUUGCUUUCACCUAUUUUAAUAUAUGCUUUUCAGAAUAAAAACAUACAUGAUAAUUUCUUUACAUAAUAAAUUUUUAACUUUUCAUUUUCAUCGUAUCUUAAUAAUUCAAAUACUAUUUAAUAAGGAAAUAACUCAGUAACAAUCAUAAAUGAUUUUUUAAAUAUAGGUUUAAAAAAUACUAGCGCUAAUGUAAAUCAAUCUCAAUCUUAUGUUGUACUCAGCAGAGAGAAUAUAUCAUUAACAGGUUAAGCAUUAUAAUUUAAUCUUGAUAAAUCAGAUACUGAUUCCAAAGUUACCAACUACAUAGAAUAUUCAAAAAAUUAGAAUUACAUUGAUAUGUACACUUAAAUUAUUUAAUAUACUAAUUCUAGUUCAACAUCAUUUUUACUAAUGAAUAAUCAAAGUAUAUUAAAUUAUUCUAAUAACUCUAUUACUUAUCAAUUUAGUUCUCCCUAAAAUUUAUGUGUUGCCUCAAAUAUUUAUAAUGAAAGUAUUUAUGCUUUAUGCCAAGAUAUUCAAAAAUAGUAUUAGAUUAUAAGUUUAAAUUUUAAAAAAUUAACAUAAAAUAACACGAUAUAAACAACUUAAAUCAUGAAUUUAUCAUAGAAUACUUAUGUAAAUACUUCUUGGAUAAGAAUAUACAAUAAUCAUCUUUAUGUUUGGAAUGAUACAAUUUAAAUGUAUGAUAUCAAUUUAAAUUCAUCAUAAAUUGGUAAUUUUAUUUGUAUAAGUACUUAAUUUGGGUUUUAGACUAUCGAAAUACCUUUAGAUUCUGACUUAAUAAUAUUAUAUAUUUAUUUUAAGCCAAUUCAUAAGGAUUAAUUAUACCACAAAUUUGCUAAGAUAGAUAAUAAUUCAUAAUUUCAUCAUGGAGAUG